AUGGAGCGCGAUUUCAAGGGCUACGGCGAGUUCCCUCCCGACCCCAAGUGGCCCGGCGGCGCUCGCGUCGCCGUCAACUUUGUCCUGAACUACGAGGAAGGCGGCGAGCGCUGCGUCGAGGACGGCGACCCGCACGCCGAGACGGUUCUCCACGAGUUCGGCUCGCUUUUGACGGUCGUUCCAGGUGCCCGGGACCCAGCAACAGAGUCCCAGUACUUAUACGGCAGUCGAGUCGCGACGUGGCGCAUCCUGUCGCUCUUCAAGAAGCACUCGAUCCCGAUCACGUUCUACGCCGUCGCGAAAGCGUUCGAGCGCAACACGGACGUCGUCAAGCGCGCACUGGAUGACGGUCACGAAGUCGCCUCGCACUGCUACAAGUGGCAAUCGUAUGCCGACCUGACCGACGAGGAAGAAGAGCAGUACAUCCGCAAGGCCGUCGAGAGCUUCAAGGCGACGACGGGCAAGGUCCCUGUCGGCUGGUACUACGGCAGGCCGUCGGCGAGGUCCGUGCCGCUCAUCGCCAAGGUCUACCGAGAGCUCGGCCACGAGUUUCUCUACUUCUCCGACACCUACGCCGACGACCUCCCCUAUUAUGUGCCGCUCCCCGGCUCGACGACGGGCGAGGCGCUCACGAUGGCGCCCUACUCGCUCGACCUUAACGACUUCAAAUUUUGGCUCCCCGGCGGCUACGGCUCGAACGAGGCGUUCGUGGCCGCGGUCCGCGACGCCGUGCAGACGAUCCGCGAGGAGGCCCAAGCGGGCGAGCGCUACGGCUACGUGACGAUUGCGCUUCAUGCUCGAUGGAUCGGGCGGCCGAGCCGCAUGCAGACGCUCAAGCGCAUCGUCGAGAGCCUGGUCGCGAGCGGCGACGUUUGGUUCGCAACGCGCGAGCAGAUUGUGCGGCACUUCAAGGAGGUGCACCCGCCCCCACGGUAUGCCCCUGCCGAGUAG